AUGAAUAGUUCUCAAAUACAAAACCAAGUAAUUGAACAUGUUCAAAAUACUUUAACAAGAGCAAAUAAUGCCUUGAUUCAAUCCAAUGAUUCAGAUUAUUUACAAAACCAAUUGAUUAAUCUUGAAAGAACUAUAAGUUUGUUGUCCCAUUUAAUUUAUAAUGUGACUGAAAGUAGCAUUCAUUAUCAAAAUUUAAUUCAGAAUUUGAUUUUAUCUCAGCAAACAUAUGAACAAUUAAAUAAUAAAAUAUUUCUACUAAUUGACCAAAUUGGCCCUGAAAUGCUUUUUGUAAGUCCACAAUCAUCAGGUGGUAGACCAAAAUUAGAAGUUUCUGAAAAUGCAAUGAUUCUAUUAUGCUCAGAAGGAUUCUCUUGG